AGGUAUUAAACUCUGUGCUCAAUCUGUUCAUCUAAUUUUAUUAAAUGGAUUUUUGCAAGGGAAACUCUUCUUUGUCCAAGAUUAACAUUGGUAUCACUUUUUGAAAUCUAGCUUUUAGAUAUGAGAAUUUUCAAAAGAUUCUUCUUAGCCAGGAAACUGAAUAAUAUUUUGAUUUGAAUUCUGAUUAAUUCUGACAAUCUGAAGGACCUCUAGUAUGUGUUAUUUUAUUGUUUUCUGGAGGAUGGGAUGAAUUUUGAAAACUUAUUUGACUAGUACAUAAUUUUUAAGAGGAAUUAUUUUGUUGUUGGCAGUACUAAAAACAGCUUUUUUCCCUUUGACUGUUCUGAGAAGUGUGAAUUUGAUUUUUAGUGGUAAUGAAAGUAACCUGCUCAAAGACUAUUAACAUUUGAGGCAGUUACAUGCAAUCUUUACCCUGUGCUUUACACAGGAGAAGCAUGUGAAUCUGUUACAUAUUGAGUCCCGAAAAUCAAAAAGAAGAAACUCAGAAUUUGAGAUUUUUGUUGACUGUGACAUCAACAGAGAACAACUGAAUGAUAUUUUUCAUCUGCUGAAGUCUCAUACCAAUGUUCUCUCCGUGAAUCCACCAGAUAAUUUUACUGUGAAGGAAGAUGGUAUGGAAACUGUUCCUUGGUUUCCUAAGAAGAUAUCUGACCUGGACCAUUGUGCCAACAGAGUUCUGAUGUAUGGAUCUGAACUAGAUGCAGACCAUCCUGGCUUCAAAGACAAUGUCUACCGUAAACGUCGAAAGUAUUUUGCGGACUUGGCUAUGAACUAUAAACAUGGAGACCCCAUUCCAAAGGUUGAAUUCACUGAAGAGGAAAUUAAGACCUGGGGAACCGUAUUCCAAGAGCUCAACAAACUCUACCCAACCCAUGCUUGCAGAGAGUAUCUCAAAAACUUACCUUUGCUUUCUAAAUAUUGUGGAUAUCGGGAGGAUAAUAUCCCACAAUUGGAAGAUGUCUCAAACUUUUUAAAAGAACGUACAGGUUUUUCUAUCCGUCCUGUAGCUGGUUACUUAUCACCAAGAGAUUUCUUAUCAGGUUUAGCCUUUCGAGUUUUUCACUGCACUCAAUAUGUGAGACACAGUUCAGAUCCCUUCUAUACCCCAGAGCCAGAUACCUGCCAUGAACUCUUAGGUCAUGUCCCGCUUUUGGCUGAACCUAGUUUUGCCCAGUUCUCCCAAGAAAUUGGCUUGGCUUCUCUUGGAGCUUCAGAGGAGGCUGUUCAAAAACUGGCAACGUGCUACUUUUUCACUGUGGAGUUUGGUCUAUGUAAACAAGAUGGACAGCUAAGAGUCUUUGGAGCUGGCUUACUUUCUUCUAUCAGUGAACUCAAACAUGCACUUUCUGGACAUGCCAAAGUAAAGCCCUUUGAUCCCAAGAUUACCUGCAAACAGGAAUGUCUUAUCACAACUUUUCAGGAUGUCUACUUUGUAUCUGAAAGCUUUGAAGAUGCAAAGGAGAAGAUGAGAGAAUUUACCAAAACAAUUAAGCGUCCAUUUGGAGUGAAGUAUAAUCCAUAUACACGGAGUAUUCAGAUCCUGAAAGACACCAAGAGCAUAACCAGUGCCAUGAACGAACUGCAGCAUGAUCUUGAUGUUGUCAGUGACGCCCUUGCUAAGGUCAGCAGGCAGCCAAGUAUCUAAGAGUAGCCAGUCCUAAUCCAGGAGCAUUUGAGCAUCAACUUGGAGGCCUCUGGGCCAUCUCUUGCUUUUCUUUUUUUUUUUUUUUUUUUAAUUUUACUUUAGGUGUAUACUAUAUCCAGCAUUUUUCCCCAUGUUAUCCCUCCCCACCUUCCCCACCCUCUGCUCUCCCUCCCCUACCUCCCAGCAACUGCCCUCAGUGUGUGACGCUCCUCUCCCUGAGUCCACGUGUUCUCAUUGUUCAACACCCACCUAGGAGUGAGAAUAUGUGGUGUUUAGUUUUCUGCAUCUCUUACUUUUCUUGAAAACCUGAUCCUGGAGAGACAGCAUCUUCUGGCAAACAAUGUUAUCAAAUCCCACUCCUUAAUGAAUCACUAGUCUUUGAAAAUUUGUACCUGGAUAUUCUAACCGCCCCUUUUUUUUUUUGUUUUGUUUAGUUUUCUUUUUUUGGUAACAGCUUCAAUGAGACAAUUUGUUUACCAUACAAGUCACUGACCACCCAUUUUUAAUAGAGAAGUCAUUUGACCCAAUAGAUAGAUCUAGUCUCAGCCUAACUCUAUUUUCCCCAAUCCUUCUUGAGUAAAACAAGAUCAUUUAUUUUAUGAUCAUUUAGAAUAUCUUGAGGAGUAUUACGGCACUGACUCAUAUUGUUACUGGAGAUCCCCUUAUUUCUAAAGUAUCUGUUACUUAUUGCUGAAUUUGUGUCAAGCUCAAUCACAUUCACACACUAAAAUUUAAUAGGAGACCAGCUGUCUUUGUUGCUGGCAGGAGCAAAAGUAUAGAGACCUUUGUACAUGGAGCAUACCUAGUAAAGAGCAAGUAGUCUAGUUUCAAGUGUAGUGUCUUGUAGGGAAAUAGGGGUAGCUAAGCCUGGAAAGGUUGAUUGGGGCAUAAUCAUUAAGACCAGGCUAUGAAUUUGAGACUUUAUUUUUUGGCACUAGGGAGCCCCUUCCCAAGUAACUAUCUUCCUGGAAACUUUGUUUUCUUUCAAUGACAUCACAUGAUAUUGGUUUUAUUCUAGACUACCUAUCCUACUCAUGGGUCCAAGGGAAACUUAGUGGGACGUGACUUGCACGGGGCUGUACUCAGACAUGUGGUCCUAGGUAUCAUAACGGGAUUGUCCCCAGAGUAACAGGAAGCAUUGUUAUCAAAGGGAGAGUUCAAACUGAGAUAGAUGAGAGAAGUGCAAGGUAAAGGAUAGAAAAACAGUGCUGAGUACUUUAUUUCUAAGAUAUAAGGUGAGGCCAUAAACAGGAAGCCAUGCAGUGAGAGUAGAAGCUACAGAAAAGGGGAGGAAAUAGAAUGUCAGAAAGGUCAAGAAGAGCAGUUUGGAACUGAGACUGUAAGUAAUGUAAGGAUUUCAAGGACUGGUUUUUAUGCAGAGUCAGCUGUGUAGCAUAGGGAGUAAGCAGUCCUGUUAUAAAUGGGUGAAGCUGGACUGCAAAAUACAAGCUUGUGUCUCUUUAAUUUGCCGCAUUCCUCCUCUAGUCACUAAAUGAAGAUGUCCUUCAAGUUUCUGUCUUUGGACUUCUUCUCUUUUUGCUGUCUUUUCAUGGGGAAUGUCAUCCAGAUAUAUGACUUCAGUUCUUAUUUUGAAUGACUCCUCUAUUUGCAGUUGUAACCUUGACAUCUUUCUUGAAUUUUUUUUGCCUCUUAAUUCCAACUAAUUCCUGGAUGUCCAUGUAGAUGUCUCAUAAUUUAGGCCAAUGCUGUACAACUUCAUGUGACACCAUCCACAUAGAAUGAAUAGGGGUUGUAUAAUAUGGUAGCUCUGCCAUGUAUCUCAAAUUGACCAUGUCUAUAUAGGAACUAGGAAUCACUUGAAUAUCCCACUCCAUCAGCUUCCUCUCCCAGUAAUUUAAUUUCCAUGUAUGGUAUAUUUAACAUCAUAUUUAAAAUCAUUUUCAGGGGUAUUCACCUACCUAAAAAAACUAUGCUUUUUUUUUUCACAUAAAUUGUACACCAUUUAACAUGCUUUAUUUCAACAGACUACUAGAUCUUUUAGUACUUCUUAGACCUCAAAAUAAAUUAUAAAAAACUUUGUA